UUCCGACGUUGCAGCCUAGGGGGUGUGUUAGAGAUAGGCUGCAAUUCGGUUGGCACAAUUUUGUGUGUUGACACUUUUUUGGUUUUAGGGAUACUCAUAUUUGUUAGGUUGGGUGUAGCUAUGUUUUCAUCCCCAACCUAUCCCAACCCAAUCCAUCCCAAAUCCCCACGAUUUGGGAGGAUUCCCUUGGGAUUCCCUCCGAUUCUCCCUUAUCCCUUCCCAUCCUCUCCGAUGCUCGGUACUUAAGGAUGCAAUGCGGCGGGCAGCAGGCAGUGUUGCCGUUGAAGCGGCUGAGGGCGAGGGAGAAACGGAGCAGUGUCGGGUGCUGCUGCUGGUGACGGCGAUAGGAGGCAACGGGCUGAACGUGGUGGAGGCGCAGCACGUGGUGUUUGUGGAGCCGGGGCUCAACGCCGCGGCUGAGGCGCAGGCAAUGAACCGCGUGCACCGCAUUGGGCAGACCCAACGCACCUAUGUGCACCGAUUCAUUGUGCAGGACACAGUGGAAGCAGCCAUCCACAGCCUGGCUCGCUCCAAGGCUGCUGCACCACCCCAUCUCUCUGCCGCACAUGGUGCCGUCAAGCCGCUGUCCUGCAAGGACCGCGACUCGCUCACCCUUGCUGAUGUCACCGCCCUCUUCCCUCAAGGCUGCCCCACUGCAGCAGACAGGGAGGCCGGAGAAAGUGCGAUGCCGGUGCCACCGGGUGCAGCACAGGGAACAGCAGUGGGGGUUGCAGGAAGGGCGGAACAUGAGAGGCUUCUAUUAGCGGCUGCUGCUGCAGCUGCAGCGGAAGCUCGGAUGCAGAAAGCUCCUGGGUGACAUGAAUGCAUGUGAAAGUUUUUUUU